AUGUUGUCCAUCACUGUGCUCCAAGCUGAGCCUAAACCUCCACAGGCCAUGAUGUUGUCCAUCACUGUGCUCCAAGCUGAGCCUACACCUCCACAGGCCAUCAUGUUAUCCAUCUCUGUGCUCCAAGCUGAGCCUACACCUCCACAGGCCAUCAUGUUGUCCAUCACUGUGCUCCAAGCUGAGCCUACACCUCCACAGGCCAUCAUGUUAUCCAUCUCUGUGCUCCAAGCUGAGCCUACACCUCCACAGGCCAUCAUGUUGUCCAUCACUGUGCUCCAAGCUGAGCCUACACCUCCACAGGCCAUCAUGUUGUCCACCACUGUGCUCCAAGCUGAGCCUACACCUCCACAGGCCAUCAUGUUGUCCAUCUCUGUGCUCCAAGCUGAGCCUACACCUCCACAGGCCAUCAUGUUGUCCACCACUGUGCUCCAAGCUGAGCCUACACCUCCACAGGCCAUCAUGUUGUCCAUCACUGUGCUCCAAGCUGAGCCUACACCUCCACAGGCCAUCAUGUUAUCCAUCUCUGUGCUCCAAGCUGAGCCUACACCUCCACAGGCCAUCAUGUUGUCCAUCACUGUGCUCCAAGCUGAGCCUACACCUCCACAGGCCAUCAUGUUAUCCAUCUCUGUGCUCCAAGCUGAGCCUACACCUCCACAGGCCAUCAUGUUGUCCAUCACUGUGCUCCAAGCUGAGCCUACACCUCCACAGGCCAUCAUGUUGUCCACCACUGUGCUCCAAGCUGAGCCUACACCUCCACAGGCCAUCAUGUUGUCCAUCUCUGUGCUCCAAGCUGAGCCUACACCUCCACAGGCCAUCAUGUUGUCCACCACUGUGCUCCAAGCUGAGCCUACACCUCCACAGGCCAUCAUGUUGUCCAUCUCUGUGCUCCAAGCUGAGCCUACACCUCCACAGGCCAUCAUGUUGUCCACCACUGUGCUCCAAGCUGAGCCUACACCUCCACAGGCCAUCAUGUUGUCCACCACUGUGCUCCAAGCUGAGCCUACACCUCCACAGGCCAUCAUGUUGUCCACCACUGUGCUCCAAGCUGAGCCUACACCUCCACAGGCCAUCAUGUUGUCCACCACUGUGCUCCAAGCUGAGCCUACACCUCCACAGGCCAUCAUGUUGUCCACCACUGUGCUCCAAGCUGAGCCUACACCUCCACAGGCCAUCAUGUUGUCCAUCACUGUGCUCCAAGCUGAGCCUACACCUCCACAGACCAUCAUGUUGUCCAUCACUGUGCUCCAAGCUGAGCCUACACCUCCACAGACCAUCAUGUCAUCCACCAGUGUUGCAGCUGCUGGUCCCAACGCUGGCAUCCCCAUUGCAGAAGGGGCAGAAAUCAUCAGCCAGCUCCAGACCGUGACCGUGCAGAAGCAACCGGCAGCAGAACUAACGCGAAGAUACACCCCAUCCUGGUACCGCUCCCGGGCAGGUUCCUCGGGCACGGCGGCGGCAGUGCCGGUAUCACCGAGCACCGCCCGCGGUCUGCAGCCCCUGGUGCCACCCGUCUGCAGCGACCGCGGGGAGACGAACCCGAACCCUCUCUCUGCACCCUCCCACCGGCAGCACCGUGGCGAGAGGGAUGCCCAGGAAAGCCCGAACCCCAGCCCCGGGCAUGUCCCGUACUCCCCAGGGAUGUCCUGUACCCUGGGGAGAUGCCCUGUGCCCCCGGGGAGAUACCGGCGGGCAGGAGUCUCUGACCAGCCCCAGGCACUCACCAGCCCUCGCCGCUCCGGUGCCGCCCGCCUCCUCGGGUGCCGGCUCACGGCGGGGGAAUCCAGCCGGCUCCCGACACCAUGGAGAUCCAGGGCCGGGCUCCCGUUACUCCUCUGCCUCCCUCGGCUCGGCUCAGUUCAGCUCCGCCGGCCCCUCAUCCCUCCGCAGCCCGAGUACGGCGGCGAGCCCCGGCUCCCCUCCGCCUUCCCCGGCAUCCGCCCGCCGCCGAACCCGGGCGCGCUCCCGGCUCCCCGCCGAGCCCCGAGCCCGGGCGCGCUCCCGGCUCCGCUCCCCGCCCCCGCGCCGCCCCCACUCUCCGCCGUUAACCCUUCGCCAGCCUCGGCGCCUGGCAGCGGGGAUAACGGUGCGGGGAACCGCAUCCUCCCGCCCCCGCCGUGCUCUUCCCUGGCACCGAAACAAAGCCCGGAGCGGGGCUGGCUCACCCCGAACGGCUCCGCAUCCCCGACACCGGCACACCUGCAGCACGUUCAGGCUGCUCCCACAUCGCUCGGGUCACAGCUGCCCAGCAGCUCUGGGAGUGGGGGGGAGUGA